AAGCAAAAUCUAAUCGGGUCUGGAGUUGGAUCCGCCCCAUAAAUGGUACCCGUCCCAUCGUCUUUCCUCGCUCCCACUUUCUCGAGAAACGGCAAGAAAAUGUUGCAGUUAAAAAUCCUUUUAAUUAUUUUUCUUUGCCAAUCAAGUUAAAAUUCAUCCAGUGAGUCAUUUUUGUAUCCCGCGCAAUCUCUCUCUCUCUCUCUCUCACAAAACCAAUUCCCUUCCCUUCAGUUCCCUUCGGUCUUUCUAGGGCUCAGCACGUUGCCCCUUGUAUCCUGUCCCAUCCCAAUUUUAGAAAUUCCGAUCCAGACGCCGUAGAAUUUUGGGCCCGCCGCCAUUUUUUUUGUCUUUAUGGAGGAAGAGAAGGCUGUUGGUGUUGGUGGUGGGGAAUCUUCGAGGGCUUCGUCGUCCUUCGUCAAAGAGGGCGACCGGCAGGUGUUCACGGUGGAGCUCCGACCCGGAGAGACUACCAUAGUCUCGUGGAAGAAGCUCCUGAAAGACGCUAACAAGGUCAAUGGAUCCACCGCCUCUUCUGUCCCGGAACCGCCCGCCAACGCCGACCCCUCCCUCGAGUCUCGAAUCGAUCCGGGACAACCAACUGAAAAUGAAGAUAAAGAUGGCCCCAAUCGAUUCAGUGCUGUCAUUGAGAAGAUCGAACGCCUCUACAUGGGUAAGGAUAGUAGCGAUGAUGAAGAUUUACGCGAGCUUCCUGAUGAUGAUCAGUAUGAUACGGAAGACUCUUUCAUAGAUGAUGCUGAGCUGGAUGAAUAUUUUGAAGUUGAUAAGUCAGCCAUAAAACAUGAUGGAUUUUUUGUUAAUAGGGGCAAGCUGGAGCGCAUAAAUGAACCUAAUGCCUUACCCAACCAGCAACCAAAGAAGAGGCGCAGAAAAGAUUUGGAAAAGGGUCAUGGUGGUAAUGAUGAAUUUCAUGCACCAUCAAAACAUGUAAAGAAGGAUAGGAUGGCUGCCGCAAAGAUAGCAACAAUGCUUAUGAAGAAGGACUCUUCUAGUCCCUCUCAAAAUUUGGCUGUAACAAGUGAAAAUCUUCAAGAUGUUAAAAUCCAGAAUUCAUUGGUUGCUCCUGGAAUUUCUUCCAAAAAGAAACCUGCUGAUACUAAAAUGAUAUUCGAUCCUGCUGCAUCUCUAAAAGUUUCUAAUGGUGAUGCUUCUGUAUCUUUAGCAGAAGUAAGGGAUAUUGAUAAGCAGAAGACUGGAGUUGUUCAGUCUAAGAGCCUCGGUGACAAAUUGAAAGAUGCAAGUGGAUUCUUUGAUGCAUUACAGCAGAAAUACCCGGAUAAAAGUGCCCAUGUACAAUCUAAAUCUCUAUCUGGAAGACCUCUGAACAAUGUUGAUCCGUUGGAAUUGUCAAUUAGGCCAAAAGAAAAGAAUGGUGUCACUGAGCUGUCUGACAGGAAUUCUUCCAUGGACAAGUAUGCAAUGCAAACAACAAAAGCUACACAGAUCAGAAGGGAUGGUUCUAGUGUUAGGCCAAAAAGCUCCCUUGAAAAGGCUAUUAGGGAGUUAGAGAAGAUGGUUGCUGAAUCGAGGCCACCUGCAGUUGAGAAUCAAGAGGCAGAUACUUCAGCCCAGGCAGUUAAAAGGAGAUUACCCAGAGAAAUAAAGCUGAAGCUUGCAAAAGUUGCAAGACUAGCGCAGGCAAGCCAGGGGAGAAUAUCAAAGGAGUUACUUAACCGCCUUAUGAGUAUUCUUGGACAUCUAAUCCAGCUCAGAACAUUGAAGAGAAACUUGAAGGUCAUGAUUAGUAUGGGUCUGUCAGCGAAACAGGAGAAAGAUGAUAGGUUUCAACAGAUAAAAAAGGACGUAGUUGAUAUGAUUAAAAUGCGGGAGCCCUCUUUGGAGUCCAAGGCCUUUGGGCAGCAAGCUGGAGCGUCAGAUGAUUUUCAAGAAUUUUGUCCUGAAGAAAAAGGAGUUAAAAAGAAAUUUAGUAUGGAUGAUGCAUUAGAGGACAGGAUUUGUGAUCUCUAUGACCUUUUUGUUGAUGGGUUGGAUGAAGAUGCGGGUCCACAAAUUAGAAAGUUAUAUGGAGAGCUUGCAGAAUUGUGGCCAGUUGGUUUCAUGGACAAUCAUGGGAUCAAAAGAGCGAUUUGUAGGGCUAAAGAUAGGCAGAGGGCACUGUACGGUAGACAUAAGGAUCAGGAGAAAAUCAAAAGGAAGAAAAUGUUGGCACGUAGAAUGGAGGAGACUGUUCGAGAUGAAGGCAAUUCAAUUGCUCAGCCACAGUCUACGCGCGAGCGCACAUCUACCGAAACUGGUAGUCAUGGUAUAACUUCAGCAACCAGGCCGGUUGCUAGUUCACCUGCAGCAGUCAGGAUGCACAGUCCCUCAUCCAAUGGUCCGAUUAUGUUGGACAGAAUGAAACAAGAGAAACAAAAGGGAACCUCAAGCAAUCCGGUGGAUGAUACAAGGGUAUUAUCAGAUGGAGGAAUGGUGAAGAAGAAGGUAAAGCGGAAGCCAGAACUGGACUUAAACGAAAGCCUUUUGCGUCCAGAGAAAUUACCUUCUCAACAGGGAGAAGAGAGACACAAGUCCCUCAAGCAGGCUGCUGCUACAGCAGGUCUUCCCCAGAAAUCAAAUCUUCAGUCAUCUUCUGCUCCUCCAAACGUUGAACAGUCAAGCUGACAUGAUAUCUUAAUUAGCUCAAUUUAGGAAGUUUACACCCUAAAAAUCGUUUUUUGCACACGAGGGCUUUUUUUUUUUUUUUUAAAUGAUGGGCGUCAUUCUUUCUGGCCAACUGAUUUUUACCAUUUUUGUAAUUAUAUAUGUUCUUUAAUGGCGCCUUGUGGAUUAAAGAUUUAUCUUCAAUAGAGAUAGCAGCGAGCUAUGAUUUUCUUGUGCUCAUUGUUGUUAUU